UCCUGGGAUUAGCACACCGCGUGCAAGUGCUGCUGUCCCAGUAAGGAGAAUGCAGACCGUCAAGUGUGUGAUGGUGGGUGAUGGGGGAGUGGGUAAAACCUUCCUCCUCGUCGCUUACUCGACCAGUGUUUUUAAGAAUAAAUACCUUUCUGCACUGUUCGACAAUUACACUGGUGACAUAAGCGUCGACGGGGACGCGGUGACCCUCACUCUGUGGGACAUGGAGGGCCGUGAGGGAUAUGAGCAGCUGCGUCCCCUCGCCUAUGCUCAGGCAGAUGUUUUCAUAGUCUGCUUCUCUAUUGGCAGCCCUUCCUCUUAYGCCAACGUCACGCUCAAGUGGAAACCCGAAGUGYCUCAGCUUUGCCCCAAAGUGCCAAUCCUACUSCUGGGCACMAAGUCGGACCUGAGAGGCGAUGAAGAAACGGUGAAGGAGCUAAAGGAGCAGGGUUUGGCGCCCACCACCCAUCAGCAGGGGGACAUCCUGGCCGAGCAGAUCGGGGCYGUUAAGUACAUGGAGUUUUCUGCUCCGCAGCAGGAAAACAUGAGGGAGGUGUUUGAGGAAGCUGCGAGGGUGGUGUUGUUUCCAGCCCCUGAAAAGAAUUGUAUAAAGUGUGUGCUGCUGUAAUAAAGAGUUCCCAGAUUUGGACAAUGGAGAGGAGCAAAGAAGAUCAACAGAUACAAAGGSACGCAGAGGAACAAAGGAGGUUAUCUGGCGUCUUCCUCACUUGGCUUUCUCCUGUGUUCCUCCUUUCUUCCUUAUUCAUCUCUUGUGGUGCAGCUAAGGACAGAAAAAAAUGCAUCAGAGCACAYGUCAUGUAUUAAUUUGCUCUUGGCUUUGUUUUUAAAUCGUUUUACAUUUUCAGUAUGCAUUUUACACUAAAGUAUUACGUCAUAAACAAAUUACAAUACCAUAUAUUUGAAUUAGAAAGAGACAAAGAUACCAUAUUUUUCAACUUGUUCAGAUUUUGAGAACAAAAGACCUCAGUGUUUUAUUGAGGUUUUACGUGAACACAGGGUACAGUGGAUGGAUAAUGAUG